AUGUUUGGCUCUAAGAUCCUCCCUGCCAUUUUCCUGGCUAUCGUAAACGUAUCGGCCCUCGCAGUAGAGAAGGUCGCUGUAAGACAAGAUCAGACUUGCGUAGCUACGUGCGGCAAGAUUUGCUACUGGCAGGAAGACAUCGACGAAGCCGUAAAGCAGGGUUAUUCUUUACACCAAUCCGGCAAGACUGUUGGUUCAAACGACUAUCCCCACCAGUACAAUAACCGCGAGGGUUUUGACUUCCCCGGGCAGGCCCCUUACUAUGAAUUCCCUAUCCUAAGCAGCUUCGAUCCUUAUAAUGGAGGUAGCCCUGGUGCAGACCGUGUCGUUUUCAAUGAGGGUGGCGACUACCAAGGUGCUAUUACGCACACCGGAGCAAGCGGUAAUAACUUCGUGGAGUGCACCUAA